GUCGACUAUCGAUGGGCUACUCUACUACUAUAUUUGUUGUGUUUUGUUUUAGGUAGAGCAACAGUUCUUUUCAAUAUCGGUGCAAAAAAAAAAUAUUUUCCUUUGAUUUAACUUGUUCUUUCACAAUUCUUGAUAAAUAACAGUCAGUCUCAAAGAGUAUAAUAGUAAAAUAUGGAGGUCAGUCUUGUCAUGUCUUAACCCUUGGUCUUAACUAAACAAACAGACACUCACCGAACAUUGAAGCAUACAAAAAUCAUAGAAAAAUUGAACAAUUUGAACCAUGAAGCAUCUGAUACUGACGAUUCCGCAAGGGAACUAAAGCCAAAGAAGAAGAACACUCAAAAAAAUUUAUAUUAAUAUAAGAUUAAUAUAAACUUUUAUAAACUGCACAUGUUUUAAAAUACACAAAAAUUAAAAAUGACUGAAGCUCAUAUUGGUUUUCUAUAUAAUGCGGCCUCUGUGUUUAAGCUAAAUGAACUUGACGAAACGCAUAAAAAAUUGAAAAGUUACUAUUUAAUAAGAUGUAAAGAGGUUACAAGAGGUUAUGGAUUACCGAAAAAACAUUUUUCUGAACAAUCUAGAUGUUCAUAUUGCUGUCUUGAGUGGGAUAAUAAGUCUGAGAUAAAGCUGAAACCUAUAAAGUUAAGUAAACGACAAAGGCGUAGGAUUAAAUAUAACAGUAAACAUAAGACAACUAGUAAGAAAGAAUCUUUAUUGUUUAGUAAUGAAAUGGAAAAAAUUUGUUCAUUUUGUGGUAAAACUAUAAAAACACCUUUGAUUAAACCCAAUAAAUUAAUAAAACAAACAACAGAACAAAGCAUAACAAUAACUGAUAAGGGAAAUUUGGCUCAAGAUGUGAAAAAACCUAAAAACAAAAAAGUGAAACAUAAGCCUGAACAGAAGCACCAGUCAAAUGUUUAUUGCAAAUCAAAAGUGGCUUUCUCUUUAAAUAAACAGAAAAAUAGUUUACAAAAUAGUGUAAAAGUGGAGCCAAAAAUAAUAAAAAACAGUAAAAAGAAGAAAGACAAAUUUGCUGGACUUUGUCAGAAAGCUGUAAUUGCAUCAACAAAGUUUAAACAAGAAAAGGAAAAUAAUAGUAAACUAAGUCUCUUCCUCAAACCAUCGACAUAGAAAUAUAUGUUAUAUAGAAUAUUGUAUUAAAUUGUAUAAAGUAUACUA